AUGAGCGUUACCAGUACUACCGAGGACGGCCUAAACGACAUCUACGAGGCCCUAGAUCGCUACAACUGGGACGAUGACAUCGAGUUCCAAGCCGGUCUGCAAGCCAUCAUUGGCAGCAACAGUACUCCAGAGCAGACGACGGAGCUAGCAUUGCGCGCGCGAUGCUUUUACUAUGCGAGGAAAUACAACAAGAACAUAGACUUCAACGCCUACAAAGCCUACCGCAAUGCGCGUAACCGACCUCCUCCAACCCCGCCAACACCCCACAACGUCCUCGCCUCCUCGGUCGUCGACGAAAUGCUCCCACCCGGCACCGCUACACCCAAUGCGUCCACAACCAGUCUGCCUAUGAGCACAACUAGCGAGCUGCCUCCAAGCACCGAGGCAAGCGGUAUCAUGCCACCGCCGACAACCACAAGCGAACCACCCGCGCCAUACCCAACGUCAUUUGCGCACAUCGUCGAGUUGAUUACGAGUGGGAAACCGGUGCCGGGGAUCAAAGAGAUUCCCCCUACCGUGUUGGAGGGACAGGGCACGCAGCCGAGUAAGCCCAAGAGAAAGAAGCCGUGGGAGAAGGAUGAAGCUUGA